UAACCAUAGAAACGCUUCAUGCAAAUGACAGUCAUACGUGCCAGGGAUGGCAGAAAGAAAGAGGAACCGAAAUGAGAAGCAGAGUAUCUGGGGAACCUAGUUGUCUCUUCAGAUCGGGGAGCCUCCAGCGUGUAAAAAUGUCCCGGACACCUGCGUGACUCCCAGGCCACCCAUCCCACGGUCACACGCGCUCAGGGUUUCCUCCCGGCUCGGACGCUUUGGGUAGCUAAGGAGUUAGAAGAUUGGAAAACAAUGAAUAUCACCAGUCUCGGUGAAGCAGGGUUGACGAAGCUGUCAAAGCUGCUGGACAACUGCAGUUGUGGAUGGAGGCAGCUGGCAAACGCGGCGGCGGAACAGCCACAAUUCCAAUGCAGUGAAAUGGAGCUGACCAGCUGCUCCCUUCAGGUUCUGAAAUCUGCAGGCAGUCCUGCCCGUACCCUUCUGGCUUGGUUAGCAGAUCGUGGAUGCUCUGUGGACUUCCUCCUCUACUGUCUGAGGAAGAUGGAACACCAGGAAGCUCUGCAGUUCCUCUCCACCACAGUGUCGGAGCAGAUUAAGAUCACUGUGCAGCCACAGUCUCAGCAGGCUUCUCUGGGGAGCAGGGUGGUGCUGAUAUGCAGGGCAUCUGGACCUCCUGGACUCAGCUAUCAGUGGUUCAAAGGAAAAGAAGAGAUUUUACAUGAAACGGGAAGUUUGCCAGAGUUGGUUCUGUGUCCUUUAGGCCCCGCCCACCAAGGUUACUAUAUCUGUAGAAUCAACCAUGGAGAGAACUACAUCUUCUCCAUGUGGGCUCAUGUUCGACUGCUUCACUCUGCUGGUUCCACUCCAGGGUGCAGCAGUCUGUUUCCAGGCUCAGUUAGUGGACUGCGUAUCAGCCAGCAUCCUCAGUCCCAAUUGGCAUCUGAGGGGGAUAAUCUGGUCCUGAAAUGCACAGCAGAAGCUAAUCCCCCUCCACAGUAUGAGUGGUAUCACAACAAAAGGCCCAUACCUGAUCAAAAAACAUGCUCCCUCAGGAUCCCAUGUGUGACCACACAGCACAGAGGAGAGUACAGAUGCAAGGCGUUUAAUUUGUAUCACGAAGCAUGGAGCGAGACAGCAACAGUGAAAAUUGGCCCGAGUUCAGUCAUAGAUGCCUCCUGGGUAGAAGAUGGUCGUGGGUUUGAUUCCUCAGAAGGCCAAAGGCAGAUACAUCCUUUGCCGCCGACGGCCUCUCCUCCCUCAGCAGCCAAGAAUUUCUAUGCCACAGACAAAGUUGCUCUCCUGAUUGGAAACAUGAACUACCUCCACCACUGUCAGCUGAGCGCUCCCAUUUCUGACGUCCACGAGCUGACCAACCUUCUCAGACAGAUGGACUUCAAAGUGGUCUCUCUGAUCGACCUCAACUGUCAGGAAAUGAACAGCGCUGUCAAUGAGUUCCUGUUGCUUCUCGACAAGGGCGUUUAUGGCUUGCUGUAUUUUGCCGGUCAUGGCUAUGAGAACUAUGGCAACAGUUUCAUGGUUCCUAUAGAUGCACCAGCUUCCUACACAUCCGAGCACUGCUUGUGUGUGCAAAACAUACUGACCAGGAUGCAGGAGAAAGAGACUGGACUCAAUGUGUUCCUGCUGGACAUGUGUCGCAAAAGAAAUCCAAAUGAUGAUUUGAUUGUAAAACCAGGAACGCUCAAAGUCACAGCCAAUAUAGUGUUUGGUUAUGCCACAUGUGUUGAUGCCGAAGCGUAUGAAGUAAAGAGAGAUGAUGUGUCGAAUGGCAUCUUCAUAAGCUUUCUCAAACAGCACGUAUGUCAGGAUGAGAAGGUCACCGUCAUGCUGGACAGAGUCGCUGAAGACAUGGGUCGCUGUGCGAUUACAAGAGGAAGACAGGCUCUGGAGCUGCGCAGCAACCUUUCUGAAAGACGUUCUCUCACAGAUCAGAUCCAGACAUCUGAGAGCUCGGAAUCCGAUUCAGCUCGAAAUCUGCAGUGGGCGGUCGCUCAUGUUCUGCCUGAGAGCCGCUGUCUCCAGUUUGACUGUGGGGUACAGGUCCAGCUGGGAUUUGCAGCAGAAUUUUCUAACGUUAUGGUCAUCUACUCCCGGAUACUUGAGAAACCUGCAGAAAUAGAAACCUGUUGUGCUCAGCUCACAGACUUCCCACAGGAAGUGGACAUUGACCUGAAGAAGAGUAACCAGGAGACUCUGUUUGAGGCCGGCUGCUUGCUGCUGAUUAAGGAGGAACUUCCCUCACCAGAGGCAAAGAGUCUUUACACACGCAUCCGUGGUCUGCAGAGACUCAGGACGGACCUCACUUUUACUGUCUGCCUUCAUUACACAUAUUCCAACAUGGAUGAAGAGGUACAAGAGCAACUGCCUGUAACAGUGGGCAAACCCCUGGUCUCCAAACUGAAUCUCCACGAAUCUCGAAUGUCUACUAGUGGCCCUGCUUACUCGUGCUCCAGCUUCGACUCUGCAGAGUGCUCUUCCUUAGCCUCAGACACAUGGACAUCCUUUGGACAAACCAGUACUGAAUUUUCUCAUGCCGACUCUCUGACUUUAUCAAGGAGUGCCAAUAUGCCAGAGGAGACCGACAGCCCAGGGGUGUUUAAUUCACCGCAACCUCUUACUGCUAGUAAAAGCUUGCCCCAUGGCCACACUGGCGAAAUUAACUACAAAUUUAGCGACAUGUACAACUUCCAUUCUUUCUAAGUGAUACUCACUCUAGGGAUUAUUACCAGUCUUUUUCUUUCAUGCAAUCUAAAAUGUCGAUUUCAGACAUUGUUUUUAUACAUUAAGUAUAAAAAGUACAACAAAAUAUAUCUCAAUCAGUGUGAUGUAUUAAUCACAAGUUCUCUUGAUUAUAAUAUGUUUACUCUCUUGUCCUUCAUAACAUUUCAAGGUUGAUAAAAAAAUGGUUGUUUAGCUGGGUUUACUGUUGAUGCGUGUAGUUAUGCAGAAAAAUGGAUUUGGUACAUUUUUAUAAAGAGUUUUAUAAUGUGAAUGAAAACUAAGACUAUGCUCUUCUUUUUAAUAUAUUUUAAAAUGGUUUAUAAUAAAAUAACAAAAUAUGUAAGUUAUAUAUAACACUUUUGUAACAUUUUUAUGCCUAAGAAAUACUAAAGCAAAUUCCAUACUUUUCCAUACUCAGGUCCUUAGAACACAUUAUAAAUGAACCAGACUUAUUAAGUGCAGAUUAUUUUGUUUUACUAUGUAUAUCACCUCAUUUUAUAUACGUUUGUGCUUAUUUGUGCUGUCUUAUAAAUGUGAAUAUAAUAGAUGAGCAACAUAUUAAAUGAAAUAGUUCAAAUUUAGCAUGUCUUUAGCUGUGAGUAGGUUUGAAUACAUAUCCUAAAAUACUUUUAAGUCUUGUUGUUUUUUGCUCC